AUGGCCGCCGCGACCUUGCCGGCGAUAGUUCCCAAUCGCCUCACGGCCCGCGCGCAGCUGCCCAUCCGGUCCCUCCCUGCGGCGGCAGGGGCGGCCGCCGGGGGCAGGGCCCGGGUGGCGGGGCUCGUCGUGAAGGCGACGGCCACCGCGGAGCCCCCCACGGCGCCCGUCCGGUCGACGCCGACGAAGGCGGCGGUCCUCGUCGACAAGGCGGAGGCCGACAAGCUGCAGCGCCUCAAGACCGCCUAUCUCGAGAGGAUCGUUCCCAUCCUCAAGGAGGAGUUCGGCUACACCAACAUCCACGAGGUUCAGAUCUUCACUUCUGCUCCUCCCCCUCCUCGUCGUCCUCCUCCGAUGGGAUCUUGGGGGCUCCAAUUAGGGUUUCCGGAUCUGCAGGUGCCGAAGAUUGAGAAGAUUGUGGUGAACUGCGGGAUGGGGGACGCGGAGCAGAACUCGAAAGGGUUGGAGGCCGCCAUAAGAGACCUGGCGCUCAUCACCGGGCAGCGGCCGGCCAAGACCCGUGCGAAGAAGUCAAUCGCCACCUUCAAGCUCCGGGAAGGCACCACCGUCGGCGCCGCCGUCACACUCCGCGGCAAUGUUCGUCCAUUCACCUCCCCCUCCCUCUUUUCUUUCUUCUUCUUCUUCUUUUCCGAGCUUCUCUCUUCCUUCUGCCGGGCUUCAAUUUUCUCUGGUUCAUCGCAUGUUCUUCAUUUCAUCUGGAACAAGCUGGAUAUAAUAGUAUCUAUUGCCUUUUUUCUGAUACUCUCGAACCACAUGCAUUCUUAUGUUGAAAUAGGCUGCUAAUACCACCAAAUUAGUUGGGCUGGGUCAUAGAUGAAGGCUGAAAAUAGAUUUUUUGUUCUUGUUUCCUUGGGUAAUGCCCUCAUCCGUCUGCUAUCAUUUUUGUGAAAGAAGAUGGUUUUCCCUGUUUUCUUCCCCUUUUCUUCCUAGGGUUUGGGAGCGCACUAAGGGGGGUGCUGAAGUAAGCUAGGUGGGGGGCUCCAAAUUUGGUUGAAGUUAUUAGGGUUCACGAUCAGAACGAGACUGACCAGCAGAUUUCAUGGAAAAAUGUAGUGAUGGUGUUAUCUGAAUACUUCGUGAAAGUGAACUCACCGAUCCGUUAGUUUUUCGUAGAACAGUGUUUCAGUCUUGGAUCCUAGUCUUUUUGGUAUCUGGGAAGGACUUCUUCCCAGUGUUUUGCCGCAAUCUUGAAUGGUAAUCGGCGCUUGGAUGUUUUAGUACACGGUGUCAGAACAACACCAUUGUGUGCAGAAAUUCUGUGUCAAGUUUCAGAAACAGAACGAAAAUCCUUCUUAGAGAGCCACAUUAGAACAGUCGGAUGAAAAAUAUAAAUCGAAUUUCCUGACAUGAUGGGAACUUAGUCAACGGUGAACGCAGAUUCUUAGUUGAUUCAUGCGCAGAAAGUGUCAUAUUUGGGGGAAUAAUAUAUAAAGAAAGUCCGAUUAUCCGUCUAUUAUCUGGUGAAUUGCUUCCAGAAGAUUAUCCCUGUAGAAACCAUACGAUAUCUUCAAGCAAAUCUAAUAACGAGUUCGAAUGACCUCACCUUGCCUUUUCAAAAUUCUGUGGCCGCCGGCAUUUCGGUGCUGGUGGCUCUCCCUUUGAUUUGAAUGAACUAAACCUGCAGAAGCAUUGAUCCACUGAAUGUUUCGUCGAGUCUCCGACCGCCGGGUUCUACGCUCUGUCUCAGCAGGAGUAGAUCUGAGAUCUGGUUUCCGUCCGCAGAUGAUGUACUACUUCCUCGACCGGCUGAUAAACCUGGGGCUGCCGCGGACUAGGGACUUCCAGGGCAUCAAUCCCAACAGCUUCGACGGCCACGGGAACUACAGCAUCGGAAUGCGGGACCAGAGCGUCUUCCCGGAGAUCAGGUACGAGGCGCUCGGCAAGCAGAGGGGGAUGGACGUCUGCAUCACCACCACGGCCAAGACCGACAACGAGGCCCAGCGGCUGCUCGCUCUCAUGGGGAUGCCGUUCAGGGAAGGCGGCGGCCCCGCCGUCGUCGUGCGCAAGAAGAAGAAGAAGGCCAUCCACUUCGAGUCGAAGUCUCGCGGCCGGAAGUGA